AUGGCUAUGGCAUUUGGCGCCUCAAGACCGGUCGCAAGCUCUUGCCGGUCGAUGUUAAGGGCGAUCACCCCACGUAGUGGUCUGAAGUCGUUAUCCUCUUCCGUCCCUUCUCCUCGAAGCGGUUUUCGAUUCGAAGACCGUAUACGUUCAACCAGACAGCGGCAUGCCUGUCGCAACGUCAGAAUCAGUAUAAGCGUACGCUACUACUCUUCGAGCAAUCAUGGGAGAGAGAAGAAGAUCUUACCGCCAGAUCAGCAAGCGUCAUACGAUCGUCUCCGACCUAUAAUAGAUACUUUCGAAGCUCCGAUAGAUUGGGCCGUGGCAUAUGGCAGUGGAGUGAUGAAGCAGGCUCAAGUAAAGCCAGGAGACCCUCCAUCCCUUACGGAUCUGCUGUUGUCAACGCCCUCGCCAAUCGAUUUUCAUACCCUCAACCUACGUCAGAACCCUACGCAUUAUCCUCUACACGCCCGUCUAAUGGGUGCGAAGGGUAUAGCCCACAUACAGGAGAGAUGGGGUGCGGGGGUAUGGUAUGUCACUGAUGUAAAGAUCAAUGGUAUUUCAGUAAAAUACGGCAUCAUAUCUACUCCCUCACUCAUCACCGACCUAAAUCAAUGGAAGACAUUCUACCUUUCAGGUAGAUUACAUAAACCGACUUCAUCCCUGAUUCAUCCCUCCACUUCACAGUUACAAGAAGCAUUUGAAACGAAUCUCAAGUCUGCUCUAUCACUUGCCCUACUAUUGAUAAGAGAAGAGAGAUUCACAGAAGAUGAGUUAUGGGAGAAGAUAGCUGGAUUGAGUUAUUCUGGAGAUCCAAGGAUGGGUAUACCCGGUGGGGAGAAUCCACAGAAAAUCAGGAAUAUCGUACGUGGUCCAGGAGCUAGAGAGGGAUUUAGAAACAUGUAUGGUAGGUAUUUUGAAGAGAAGGGUUUGAGAUGGGUUGAAGGUGAGAAGAAUGUAGAAGGAAAGGUAUGGACAGGAGAUGGAGAGGGAUUGUUAUGUAAACCCACUUCACCAGAAUAUCACAUCGAGCUGUUCAACUCUCUACCUACAAACUUACGCCAAUCAGUGUACAAACAUUUCGAACAUCGUCAAGCUAUUGGAACAAGUGAGAAAGAGGCUUUGAAGCAGGUCGUACAAGAUACGAAAUUCAAUUCGAGUAUAUCAACAGAAUUACGAAAUAUCAUUCAUACACCUGCACUUCGUCAAUCGGUGAAAGGACUAUUCACAGCUGGAUUUACCAAGAGCUUCUGGUACGCUCUAGCCAAAUUUAGGAAAUGGUUGAAAGGAAGAGGAGGGAAGUGA